AUGGAGUCUGUAGCCUUCCAGAUUUGGGCCACCGUCUCUCUUCUGGCCCACCUUGCAGAUGGGAGCCCUAUAACCAGCUUAGAUGUACCUCUUAUGGAGGAAGAGGUACCCUUCUUUGACGAACAGGAUGCCCUGCUUCAGGAUCUGCAAAACGAGCUCCUGAAGGCACUUAACCUCUCGGGGAUCCCCCUCCAGGAGGAAGCCAAGGUGGACACUCCAGAAUACAUGUUAGAGCUCUACAAUAGGUUUGCCAGGGACAAGACCUUGUUGCCAUCUGCCAAUAUUGUUAGAAGCUUCAAAAACGAAGAGCAUAGUUCCCGGCCCAUACGCCUGAAUGGAAUGCGGAGGUAUCCUCUCCUUUUCAAUGUCUCCAUCCCUCACCACGAGACGAUAACCAUGGCGGAGCUGAGGCUCUACACCCUGGCGGAGGACAGACAGCUCUACGGGAACCUCGACCGGAAGGUCACCGUCUUUGAAGUGCUGGAGGGCGAACACGGAGGAGGAAAAGAGGGAGAGGAGAGGAAACUGAGAGUGAUGGCCUCCAGGUUUAUUUACAGCUCCGACAAUGAAUGGAAGACCUUUGAGGUGACAGAAGCCAUCAGGAAGUGGCACCACUCUGACUCAACCACUCACCAACUGGAGGUUCAGGUGGAGUACCGAGGGGCAGAGAACCCUAAACCAGGAAGACACAGAGGAGUAGACAUUAAUUUGGAACCCAAACACAAGCCAUUGUUGAUUGUGUUUUCAGACGAUCACAGCCACGCCAAGAAAGAGGAGAAGCACGAGCUGAAGGAGAUGAUGGAGCACGAGCAGAUGCAGGAGUGGCCGGAUUUGGAGCUACAAGACUUCUCCAGCAGCCCCAACGAUCUGCUUCAGAUCAGCUCCAACAUCAUCUAUGACUCGACCUCCAGGAUCCGGAGGAAUGCCAAGGGAAGCAGCUGCAAAAAGACCUCUCUCUAUGUGGAUUUCAAGGAGAUUGGCUGGGACUCCUGGAUCAUUGCGCCCGCUGGCUACGAUGCCUACCAGUGCAAGGGAGCCUGCAGCUUCCCUCUGGAGGGCAGCCAGUCGACCACCCAUGCCAUGGUCCAGACGUCUGUCCACUUGAAUGACCCCCAGAAAGCUUCCCCUGCCUGUUGCGUCCCAACCAAGCUGGACCCCAUCUCUUUGCUCUUCUUGGACAAAGGAAUCGUCACCUUCAAGCAAAACUACGAGGGCAUGUCCGUCUCGGAAUGUGGCUGCAGAUAGUAGCAGGAGAUGGGGUUCUUGCAUGGUGUUUUGGCUUCCGUGGGAUUUCAUGGUUCCAUCUGAACAGUUUUGAGAUGCAGUCAACUCCUUGGACAAGGGGAAGGGACCUUGGAGACAGGCAAUGGUUUAGGGAUGAUGGCUUGGAGAAAAGGGGUGGAGGGGGAUGGAAGGAGACCAGCUGACCUCCUAAACAGCAGCAAACAGAGGCAUCUCCUUAGCUUCAGCUAGAGCUCCCACAACAUCACAAAACUUCCUCUCCAGUUGUUCAUCCCAGACAUUUCACCACUUAUGCAAUCCUGUUCUGGUCCUUCCAAUUUCCGGACGCUGCAACUGAGCCAACAGUUGUCAGAAAACAUAGCAAAAGUCUCAAAGCUGCCUUUUUUUAUCAUACCCCUGGGGAAAAAAUAUGAAUUGGCUUUAUUGAAUUACCUCCAGGAAUUCUCCAGCAUUUUUUGAUUUCUCUCUCCACUGCCUAGUACGAUCAUGGUACCAGUUCAAUUCUACUGUCCCUUGGAGAGGAAACCAGUCCUGGAAGGAAGCCAUUGCUCUUCUUGGCCCUAAGACCCCCAACCAUUACUUUGCUUUCCAAUAGAGGGGCCGUCAAAUACUCCCCUUGGACUUUUCCUGGGAGAAGAAGUUCAAGAAAACUUUCUUAAGCUGUGACACAUGGGGUUCACACACACAUCAGUAAGCAUGGUUUAAUUAACCAUGGUUUAUUGAAUAAACCACAAUUGGCUGGGUUCAUGCAACAAACCAAGCCAAAAGCAAAACAUUGUGUGACUUUAAACCAUAAAAUUUCCCAUGUUUCCUUGCUUACUCAGAAAAGAAGACUGGCCUAGUGGUUGAUGUUGCUUAGAAAACUU